GGGUCGGGUCCCACUCGGCGUCUGAUCAUCAGGCGCACGCGUUCGAUUUUCGCACACGAAUCCGAUUCCACGGAUCCGCGACUUGCUUUUACGAGGUGCAGUGUCGUUUUCGAGUCGUCGUCGUUUCGGGCUGGAUUAUUUUUGCGCCGGGGAAUGAAUUUUUGAGAGGAGGAACAGUAAAUUAGAAACAUGAACACAUACUUCAUCUACUCCAUCAUAGGACUGAUUCUCGGUACGACGGGAUGCUCAGCUGCAGAUCUGCCUCCGUAUCGCCUCGAUGGAAAAGUGGAGCCCCGACACUACGACUUGGUCAUUAACACCGGACUUGAAACCGACGAAUUCAAGUUCUGGGGAAGCGCUCUUAUUGAGAUCGCCUGCAUAGAAGAAACUGACCGCAUUGCUGUCCACUCACACAAUCUCGUGAUAGAUGAAAGCCAUGUGACGCUUACGCAGGCCCUGAACCCUGAAAAUCUGAAGAAAUUCAACAUCGUCAGUCAUUCAUACGACAAAGAGAAUGAAUAUUACAUCGCCCAAACUGACUCUAAGUUGCAAGCCGGCCAAAAUUACUCCCUCUUUAUACCGUUCAGUGGCGUUAUGCCUGAUGACUUGGCAGGAUUUUAUCGCUCAAGUUACACUGACAGCAAGACCAAUGAAACCAAGUGGCUUGGUGUGACACAAUUCGAGUCUACAGAUGCCAGAAAGGCGUUCCCCUGUUUUGAUGAGCCCAAAAUGAAAGCGACAUUCACAAUAACCAUCGGACAUCCGGAGAAAUACACAUCACUCAGUAACAUGCCGCUUGAAGAGACAAUUCCCAUGCCAAACAAGCCGGGCUGGGUGCAAGACAAAUUCCAGAAAUCCGUCCCCAUGUCCACGUACCUGGUUGCCUGGAUGGUUUCCGACUUCACUCACAAGGAAGCGACGAUGACGGAGGGCGGCGUGACGUUCCGCGUGUGGGCCCGCGAGGAGGCCGUCAACCAGACCGACUUCGCCAACCAGUUCGGACCCAAGGUGCUCUCCUACUACGAGGAAUACUUCGACACCAAGUACCCGCUCCCCAAGCAGGACAUGGCAGCCAUCCCCGACUUCAGCGCCGGCGCCAUGGAGAACUGGGGGCUCAUCACUUACAGGGAAGUGCUUCUCCUGUUCGACCCCAAGGCUUCGUCAUCUUUGAACCAGGAAAGAAUCGCCUCGGUUAUCGCUCACGAGUUGGCUCACCAGUGGUUCGGAAACUUGGUCACCAUGGAGUGGUGGACCGACCUCUGGCUCAACGAGGGGUUCGCCACAUACGUUGCUACCAUCGGUCUCCACCAUCUGAACCCAGAGUGGAAUUCGUUAGUGCACGAGGUGACCGAAAACAUGUUGGCGGUGUUCCGUCUUGAUUCUCUUCAAUCCUCGCACCCUGUCUCCGUCCCAAUUGGACACCCGAAUGAAAUUGCUCAAAUCUUCGACAACAUCUCUUACGAGAAAGGUUCGUGCAUCAUUCGUAUGAUGAAUCAGUUUUUGGGUGAAGACGUAUUCCGGGCCGGUGUGACUCUUUACCUCUCGAAACACAAGUUCGGUAACGCGAGGCAAGACGACUUGUGGGCAGCUCUGACUGAAAUCGCCCACGAAAGGGGUGUUCUAGACCCGGACGUCACGGUGAAGAUGAUCAUGGACACGUGGACCGUUCAAACCGGAUAUCCGGUGCUCUCCGUUGUCAGAAAUUAUGGGACAGGAGACAUCUCAGUAUCACAGCGCCGCUAUCUGGGCAUAGAGCCAUCCGCGGAAGAGAAAGGCCUGCAGGAAGCAUGCUGGCGUGUCCCUCUCAGCUACACAUAUCAGGAAAUUGCUGAUUUCUCCGAAACCAAACCGGAGAAAUGGCUCACUUGUGAAGGGCCUCUGAAUAUCUCAACUUUUGGAGCAAGCGAGGAUCAAUGGGUCAUUUUCAACAUCCAAGUCUCAGGUUUGUAUAGGAUAAACUACGACCUGAAGAACUGGAAUCUGCUGGCAGGCGCUUUGAACGACGAGAGCAGCUUCAAGAAGAUCCACCCCCUGAACCGAAUGCAACUGAUCGCCGACGCGAUGGAUUUGGCCUGGAUGGGCGACCUAGAAUACAAGACUGCGUUCUCUGUCUGUAGAUAUCUCAGCCACGAAACGGAAUACGUGCCAUGGAGCUCAGCUGCUUCAGCCUUCGGUCAAAUCGAUACAAUGCUUCGAAGAACAGCCAACUAUGGUUAUUUCAAGGUAUAAUCACAAGAACUCAGAUACGGUCAACCCAAUCCCGAAAGACAUCAGGGGCCGAAUCUAUUGCACAACCAUUAAGAACGGCGGUGAUGAGGAAUGGGCGUUCCUUUGGGCCAGAUACCUCAAAUCCAACUUGGCUACAGAGAAGUCUACCAUACUCUCCGCCCUCGGAUGUUCAAGAAAGGUCUGGCUCCUGAACCGAUACUUAGAAUGGUCGAUCGACAAGACCUCCGGGAUCCGAUCUCAAGACGCCGCCUCCGUUUUCUCGUCGGUCGCCUACAACGAGGUGGGCUUCAGCCUCGCCAAGGAAUUCUUCGCGCAGCGCGUGGCCGACAUCUUCGCCUACCACGGCGCCAAGAACUCCAGAAUGGGCAGCUACGUCAAAGUCCUCGCCAACCAAAUGAUCUCAAGAGCCGAGUACGACGAGAUGAAGGAACUCACCCAGAAGCACGAAGAGUACCUGAAAUUCUCCGGGCUCUCCGUUAAACAAGCCCUGGAAUCGAUAGACAUAAACGCCAGGUGGCACUCCAAACACUACGCCGCCAUACCCGAUUACCUCGCACCAUCUCUGUGAACGCACUUUCCAGUUAUUCCCUUGUUGUUUGCCACUCAGAGCCGAUUUUCCACCCCUCCUUCAUGAUUAAUACAAUUUUUUGAUUUGACGGUGUUGUAUUAUGUUCCAGCAAAAUUCCAAACACCGCACUGCGAUUCUCGGGGAUUUUUCGCUCUCUUUGUACAUAUCAUUAAUUUAUUUUAUUUUAUUUUUUUUACCGUCCAAAGUUGAUUAUUUUUUGUUUUGAAUGAUGAAUACAUGUUUUUGUAAGUAACCA